CGUUGAAUCUUUUGUUUAUUUCGAACUUUAAUUUGUCGCUCUCGCGAUAACAUUGAUCCUGUCUACAGAGCUAAGCUUGAGGAAAAUCUUGCUCACUUAAUUUAACAACUUUGCAACAAAACUAUGACGAUAACAUUGACGCAAGGGGCUAUUGAAGCCCUCUAUAAAGGCAUAUCUAUCAACAAUCCUCUGCUUCAACUGCUGAACAUCCGUCAAAUGACUAGUAACACAGGUCUACCCAGGUACCGGCUUAUGAUGAGUGAUGGUCAGCAUGUCUUGUCCUCCUUUCUGCUCACCACCCAGUUGAAUCAUCUGCCAGAACAGAAUCUGCUGGUGCAAAACUGCAUAUGCAUGCUGAAGAAGGUGGUAACCAGUACGCUGUCGGAUGGCAGGACUGCGGUGACUGUGAUGGAUAUGGACGUGGUGCAGUCAGCAGAGGAAACUGGAGGGAAGAUCGGGAAUCCCGUCCCUUACAAUAAAGAUGGCAAAAUGUCCUCUCCAGCAAAGGUGCCUUCUACUUCUGAACCAGCUUCUUCUCCAUCUGCCGCAGCACCCGGACCCUCAUACAGAAGCACCUCUUUUUCUAAACUAGGAACCAGAGGUAAAGCUGCUGAGAGGUCUCCGGCUGAUUCACCCAUGAAGGUUUCACCAGCAAAAGGCACAAAUUCACCAAUGAAAGUUUCCCCCAUGAAGGCUUCCCCCACUAGCUCUCCAGCUAAAGUCUUUCCUAUUUCAGCGCUCAAUCCGUACCAGAGCAAGUGGACCAUCAGAGCAAGAGUUACUAAUAAAUCCAAUGUCCGUAAGUGGAGUAACUCCAGAGGAGAGGGCAAGCUCUUCUCCUUUGAAGUUGUGGAUGAGAGUGGGGAAAUCAAGAUUACUGCCUUCAACGACGAAGUGGACAAAUUUUUCUCUCUGCUGGAGCAAGGCAAGGUCUACUACAUCUCAAAGGCUACACUGAAGGCGGCAAACAAACAGUUUAACACACUGAAGAACGACUACGAGAUGACCCUCCACACUCAUUCGUCGAUCGUGCCAUGUGACGACACCCAUAGCAUUCCCGCCAUGAACUGCAACUUUGUGCCAAUAGAAGAGCUGGAAAACCGCGACAAAGACUCCAUAAUUGAUGUAAUUGGGAUUUGCAAACGUGCGGAAGACGUCUCCCGCAUCACCACCAAGACCAACAGAGAAGUCUCCAAGAGGGCCGUCCACCUGGUCGACACAUCCGGCAAGGAGGUGAUCGCCACGCUGUGGGGGGAAGAGGCGGAGAAGUUUGACGGCUCUGGGCAGCCUGUUGUUGCCAUCAAAGGAGCUCGCUUGUCUGAUUUUGGAGGCAGAUCUCUCUCUGCUCUGUUCAGUUCAACGAUUAUGGUCAACCCAGACAUACCAGACGCCUUUAGGCUGAGAGCUUGGUAUGACCGGGAAGGCUAUGCUGUCAAUAGCCAGUCCCUCACAGAGACGAGGUCAUCCAACAGUGGAUCAAGGAUGAACUGGAAAACGCUGAGCGAAAUUAAGAAUGAAAACAUGGGGCAUGGCGAGAAGGCAGAGUAUUUCAGCUGUUUGGCCACAGUUGUGUUCAUGCGUAAGGAGAAUUGUCUGUACCAGGCCUGCCCAUCUGCAGACUGCAACAAAAAGGUCAUCGACCAACAUAACGGCCUGUACCGCUGCGAGAAGUGCAACCGAGAGUUUUCCAACUUCAAAUACAGAUUCUUGCUUUCUGCCAACUUGGCAGACUUCGGGGAUAACCAAUGGGUGACAUGCUUCCAGGAGACAGCUGAAGUCCUGUUAGGUCACAGUGCGCAAGCGCUGGGACAGCUCAGAGAAACCGACGAGGCUGCAUUUGAGCAAGUCUUCCAGAACGCCAACUUCAGAACUCACAUCUUUAAAAACCGAGUCAAGCUGGAGACGUACCACGAUGAAAGUCGAGUGAAGGUGACGGUAAUGGAAGUCCUUCCGGUCGACCACAGAGAAUACAGCAGGAGACUCCUCAGCAACAUUCGCAGAUUGGCUUGCUGAGCGCUUUGUCCCAGUCAUCCAAACGGCUGCCGUGUAAUUACACAUCUUUGGCGAGUUUCUGGCAUUUUCUCGCCGCGAGAUAGCAUCAUAUCUGACUGAUGCAGCGGAGGAGCAGUCAGUGACUCAUGGGAAUUAUUGGCAGCCAAACAAAGGCUAAUAUGUGGCUGUUCAUUUUCUUAAGCAGGCUUUGAGUGAAACUCAGUGGGAAUGCCUCUAAUGUGUGACGUUUUUACAUUUUGAGUUCUAUUUCGAUUGUAUUGUUCUUUUGUUGUUUUAUGCACAUGUAAAGACAUGUAAAGUUUUGCUUUUCUUUUAAGUUUAUUAUUUCUUUAUUUUUUCUGACAUAAUUUUUGAAAUGUCAUUUUAUUUAUGAUUAUACAUUUUUUGUCCCCUUAUAAAUGUCAAAAAAGACAAGUUUUAUUAAAAUCGCAAAUGUACAUUUUGUGCCUGUUAUUUGUGCAUCUAAUGUAACAGAUAAUUCAAAAAGGAAAAAUUAUUUGCAUUUUUUGCUCAACCUCAGCUUCAAAUCAAACUCCAAAAUGUCAGAUGUUUUAGUCGUGCACAGACUCAUGUUGCAUCAGAUUUUAACCAGAGCAUAAUUCUUGCAAAUGGUUUGUUGUAGUUAAGAGUUUAUACUACAUUUUAUAUUAUUCAUGGGCUAUAUCUCUUCAAGACCAAUAAAAUUAUUAGUUGGAAAUACA